GGAUUUUGUUUCGAGAGAAUUCCUGAAAGUUUGUUUAAUCCUCCCAAAAGAAAGGGGAAGGAGAAUAUUUAUUUUUCAAGAGCGAAGACAAUUAGUUUUCCUUCUGGCGGGGAUUUCUCAAAUUGCACUCGACAUUUCCUAAUCCAACUCCAAAUUAGAAAAGAAUGCUUGAGAAGAAGUAGAAACUGUGGUUGCCUAUGAGGGCUAUAAAACCUUGGAGAUGGCUGUCAAGAAGCAGAAAUGUCUCUUUUGACGAGGGAACACAUGGGUUUAAGAUGAAACGGCUGCCUUUUAUGGCAAUUUUGUGCGCAGUUAUGUUGUUUAUUGUGUAUAGAACCACUAAUUAUCAGUAUCUACAUGCACAGACAGAAGAUAGAUUUCACCCCUUUGGCACAGUCAAGGACGCCGAACUGGCUUCUGCAAGUAUGGACUAUUUACCUCGUGGUAUCAUUCAAGCAAACUCAGAUUUGGAGUUGAAGCCUUUAUGGUUGACAAGUCACUCCAGGUCAAAGGUUAAUAUUCCUAGUUUUCGGAGCUUACUGGCAAUUCCAGCAGGAAUCAAACAGAAACAAAAUGUUGACACCAUUGCUCAAAAGUUCUUAUCAGAAAAUAUUACUGUUAUGCUGUUUCACUAUGAUGGUAAUGUUGAUGGUUGGCGGGAUCUAGCAUGGAACAACGAGGUCAUUCAUAUAGUUGCUCUACACCAAACAAAAUGGUGGUUUGCUAAGCGUUUUCUACAUCCAGAUGUUGUCUCCAUUUAUGAUUACAUAUUUCUCUGGGAUGAAGAUUUGGGAGUACAAAAUUUUCACCCAGGAAGGAAUUCUCUUACCAGAUACUUAGAAAUUAUGAAAUCAGAAGGACUAGAGAUAUCUCAGCCGGCUUUGGAUCCUAAUUCAACAGAGAUACAUCACAGAAUUACCAUCCGGAAAAGAACAAAGAAUGUCCAUAGAAGAGUCUAUGACACUCGUGGCAAUGUGAAGUGUUCAGAGGCUAGCAAUGAACCACCAUGCACUGGAUUUGUGGAGGGUAUGGCGCCCGUGUUUUCAAGGUCUGCUUGGCGUUGUGCUUGGCAUCUUAUCCAGAAUGAUCUUGUUCAUGGUUGGGGAAUGGAUAUGAAACUUGGUUACUGUGCUCAGGGCGAUCGAACAGAAAAAGUGGGAGUCAUUGAUAGCGAAUUCGUUGUCCAUCAAGGGAUACAAACCCUUGGAGGAAGUUCCGCCACAAAGGCAUAUAAAGAUACUCAUCCUGAAGAGCCAACGAAGAGACGACGUGUUCCAGCAGUUGAUGUGCGAUCAGAGAUAAGGAGGCAAUCGACAUCGGAGCUUCAAAUCUUUCGAGAACGGUGGAACCAGGCUGUCAAAGAAGACAAGGAAUGGAUCGACCCGUUCGACAGAAGCCAAAGACUCUGGCCCUGGAACCGCUGAGGUUACCAAAUUUUAUUGUUAGAUUUAUUCAUUCUUUUUCACUAAUUCCCUGUUCUUGUUUCUCAUAUUAUAUUCAGUAUGUUGAGGUCCAUCGAAUCUCCGAUAA